CUAGAAGAAGAAGAAUCGAGGAAGAAGAAGAGAAGGGGGCCGAACACGAGGAGGAAGAGGAAGCUGGGGAAAGAAGCACAGACGAAGGAGACGAACGACGCCGUGAUGCAGGGCGAUGAAGCUGAUGCGGGCGGCGCCGCCGCGGAGGAAGGCCUUCCCGUAUGUAAUUUCUUCAGAAAGCCAGCAAAGAGCAAGAACGUAAGGAAACGAACUGCUAUACAAGAGGGAGAAGACGAAGACGAAGAUUCUAAACUUGGGAGCUCGGUUGUGUACAAUAAGAAGAAGCCACCAGCUGGUGACAACAAGCUACACUUCUCCAGUGGGUCCCAAAAGACUUCGAAAGAGUCCGAGGUGGAGAAAUCAAAAUCUUCAGUGUUCGAAUACGAGUCCUCCAAGCAAAUUCAGGUUCAAAACGAUAGUAGAGCCACAGCCACAUUGGAAACAGAGACCGACUUCUCCAGAGAUUCUCGUGCUAUCAGGGAGAGAGUUCUCAAGCAAGCCGAAGAGGCUUUGAAAGGGAAGAAAAAAGGUGAUGGUGAUGAGAAGUUGUAUAAAGGGUUACAUGGAUAUACUGAUUACAAAGCUGGGUUUCGAAGAGAGCAAACUGUUUCGAGUGAGAAAGCUGGUGGCUCUCAUGGACCUCUUAGAGCUUCCGCCCACAUAAGAGUGUCGGCGAGGUUCGAUUAUCAGCCCGAUAUUUGUAAAGAUUAUAAAGAGACUGGUUAUUGUGGGUAUGGAGAUUCGUGCAAGUUUAUGCACGAUCGUGGUGAUUACAAGUCCGGGUGGCAGCUUGAGAGGGAUUGGGACGAAAAAGAGAAGGCGAGGAAAAGAAAGUUGGCUAUGAAAGCGGAGGAUGAUGAUGAGGAGAAGGACUCUGAUGCAAGUGACGAGGAAGAUGACGAAAAUGGAUUGCCGUUCGCGUGCUUCAUUUGCAGGGAGCCUUUUACCGAUCCGGUUAUGACGAGGUGUAAGCACUACUUCUGCGAGCAUUGUGCGUUGAAGCAUCAUGCAAAAAACAAGAAGUGCUUUGUUUGCAACCAGCCAACAAAUGGGAUAUUCAACACCGCCUUUGAGAUACGCAAAAGAAUGGCUGCUGAAAAGAAAUGACAGGUCAAAAUGCAGCUCAAGAGAAUCAUGUAUCGGAAACUCUAGUUUUUUUAAUCUCCUCAAUGUAAGCUCUUUGUUGUUAGUAAUGUUCUUUUUUGACAAGAUGAAUUGUAUUUUGAGCAUUGCUCAUCGUUUUGUAUAAAAGAACCUCAAACUUUACUGCCGUUGCAUAUCUUCUUGUUGA